UCAAUGUUAUCAUCGAUUUCAAUUUCCUUUGGUUAUUAUUGAAUUUUCUUGUUAAACUAAUAAAACUAAUUCGUAGUCGACGUUGCAAGAUUGUAUUCACUGAAGAGCGUGUAUCUUAAUGAGCAUCCCAAUAAAUAAAGCAGAACUAUAAUACAUAUCAUGCCAGAAAUUAAACAAAGACGAAAUGUAACCAAAGAUAAAGAUAAUAAAAAGGGAAAUAUAAAUGAAACAAGUGAUAAAUUAAAACCUAAGAAAGCUGAGACUCCUAACCGGAAUUUGUCUUUGAAAAUAUUAUCUCGCUCUGUAGUCAUAUUUUCUCUUCUCUUAAUAGUCUAUUUUUCCUCUAAAGAUGAAAACAUAAAAGUGUUUGCUAAACAGUCCGAAAAAAUACAAGGAAAGGGUCAAGUAGUGGAAUGUUCUGCAUCAUAUAUGAAAGAGGUAGACAUAUAUGAUGGCUGCUUCCCAAAGUACUGUAAAAGAUUUGUGACUGACAUGGUGGUAUCGGAAAUUGAAGCUGAUAAGCUGCUAGCUAUAGCUAAGAAAGGGCUGAAACAUGGUGGCUCAACUGGCGGUGCCUCAAUAUUGGAUCUGCACAGUGGCGCAAUGUCAAAAGGACAGUAUUUUGUUAAUUUUUACAAAAUACCUGAACUGAGAAAUGUUUUUGAUGAAAGUGAUUUUAAUGCUUACAGGGUGGUCAAAGACAAAAUCAAACACAGUGUUGCUCAUCAUUUUGGAGUAUCUCCAGAUUUUCUGUAUUUGACACAUCCAACAUUUUUCUCUGAAAUUACCUCAAAAGACGCAGUCACAGUACAUGAUGAAUACUGGCAUCCUCAUGUUGAUAAAGAAACUUACAAGUCAUUUCACUACACUACAUUGCUAUAUUUGGGAGAUUAUGAGAAAGACUUCAAAGGAGGAAGAUUUGUGUUUAUCGACGAGAAAUACAAUAGAACAGUGGAACCCAGGAAGGGCAGAGUGAGCAUGUUCACCAGCGGUGCUGAGAACCUGCACUUUGUAGAGAAAGUUACAUCAGGCGUAAGAUAUGCCAUAACAGUAUCUUUUACUUGUGACAGGAGAUAUGCUAUUGAGGAUCCUAGUGUAAAUAAGUAUGAAAUUAAACAUUCCAAUUAAAUACUAAAAUGAUUACA